CCCAUGGCUGCUAUCUCUUGCUCAGCCUCUGACCUCCAACCCCUUUUGGGUGCAGCUGCCAAUGCCACCGCAGCCGCCCAAUACAUCUGCGGCCGCUUUGAUGCCGUUUCGAACAAGUUUGUUGACACAGCCUAUGCUGUUGACAACACCUACCUUCUCUUCUCUGCCUACCUUGUUUUCGCGAUGCAGCUCGGCUUUGCCAUGCUCUGUGCCGGCUCUGUUCGUGCCAAGAACACCAUGAACAUAAUGCUCACCAAUGUCCUUGACGCUGCCACAGGCGGCCUCUUCUACUACCUUUUUGGUUUUGCCUUGGCCUUUGGCACCCCCUCCAAUGGCUUCAUAGGCCAACACUUCUUUGGCCUUAACAAGUUUCCUUCUCAGUCUUUCGAUUACGGUUACUUUAUUUAUCAAUGGGCUUUUGCCAUUGCAGCUGCUGGAAUCACAAGUGGUUCCAUUGCUGAACGAACCCAAUUCGUUGCAUACUUGAUCUAUUCAUCUUUCUUGACUGGCUUCGUCUACCCCAUUGUUUCUCAUUGGUUUUGGUCUGCUGAUGGAUGGGCAAGCCCUGCUCGUGCUGACAAUCUUUUAUUUGGUUCUGGGGUCAUUGAUUUUGCAGGCUCUGGUGUUGUUCACCUGGUUGGAGGCAUAGCAGGCUUGUGGGGUGCUCUUAUCGAAGGCCCCCGCAUAGGCCGGUUCGAUCAUGAAGGUAGGUCUGUGAGUCUGCGUGGACAUAGCGGCACAUUGGUUGUUUUGGGCACAUUUCUGCUUUGGUUUGGUUGGUAUGGCUUCAAUGCAGGCUCAUUCCUCAACAUUCUCAAGGCCUAUGGAGAGAGUGGAUCCUAUUAUGGACAAUGGAGUGCAAUAGGAAGAACUGCAGUGACAACCACAAUGGCUGGAUGCUCAGCAGCACUGACUACUCUCUUUGGGAAGCGCUUGCUCUCCGGUCAUUGGAACCUCACCGAUGUUUGCAAUGGCCUGCUUGGCGGGUUUGCAGCAAUCACCUCUGGUUGCUCAGUUGUUGAUCCUUGGGCUGCAAUCAUUUGUGGGUUUGUGGCAGCUUGGGUUUUGAUGGGAUGCAACAAGCUUGCUGAGAAGUUGAAGUAUGAUGAUCCAUUAGAAGCAGCACAGCUUCAUGGAGGGUGUGGCUCAUGGGGAAUUAUAUUUACUGCAUUGUUCGCCAAAAAGGCUUAUGUGGAUGAAGUCUAUUCAAGGCAACCAAACAGGCCAUAUGGGCUUUUGAUGGGAGGAGGUGCAAAGCUCUUGGCUGCACAUUUGGUUCAGAUUGUGGUGAUUGUAGGGUUUGUGAGCUUGACAAUGGGAACAUUGUUUUUCUUGCUGCACAAGUUGAAGCUCUUGAGGAUUUCAUCAGAGGAGGAGAUGGCAGGAAUGGAUGUGACCAGUCAUGGUGGAUUGGCUUAUGUAUAUACCGACGAAUGCAACGAUCCGGCAAUGCUCAAACCUGGAUUCAUGGUCUCAAGGACAGGCCCUCCUUCAUCAGCUGUUUAAUUUGAGUUUUGAUGCUCCUACCCCCUUAAAUUUAAACUGUAAUAUAGUUUGGUUAGGUACUUUUAAUUGAUGAAAUAUGUAGACCAGUUCGCAUUGCAAA